UUUUGGGCUUAUCUACAUCGACCUCUUCGUAUGUCUCCGACAAUCAUCCAUACUUUUCAAGGUGAUUAAGCAAUACUGUUUUAAAGUAUCCAAUGAAAUAUGGGUGCAAUAACGAACUUUGUGAUUUGUAUUACUGCUUCUAUGGGAGUGGUCCUAAUUACAGUCAUCAGGAGAGGGAGGAAGCGAGUAAAGAAGGUUUACCCGUCAAAUACGAUUGUCCACCAUCAGGUCGGUAGAGGUCCCUACGCACCCAGUAUCACACCGUUUACCCUGAAGCUGGAAACAUAUUUCAGGAUGGCAAAACUCCCUUACUUGAAUGUGCACGAUAGUGGAUCUAACAAAGGCUCUAAAGGAAAAUUAACCUGGAUAGAAGUUAAUGGAGAGAAGAUAGCAGACUCUGAAUUCUGUAUACAGUACGUCAAUAGGAAAUUUAAUGUUAGCCUGGACGAAGGCUUCUCUGAGGAGGACCGUGCGGCAGCAUUAGCUAUUCAGAGAAUGGUGGAUGAACAUUUAUAUUGGACACUGGCAUUACAACGAUAUGUUUAUUCUUCCAAAGACGGAAUUAACAUCAGUAAAAUGUUUAAUUUUCCAUGGGUCAUAACUCUGAUGUUAAGAAAUUUGAUCAACAAACAGACCUACGCCCAGGGUGUGGGCCGACACACGGAGGAAGAAGUUCAUCACGUCAUGCACGAGGAUCUAACGGCUCUGUCAAAGUUUUUAGGAAAUAAAAAAUUCUUACUUGGCGAUAGGGUGUGUCAAGCUGACGGUGCCGUGUUUGGAAUGCUGGCUCAGUUAUACUGGCACAGUUUUGGAGGAUAUGGAGAAACAUCCAUUAAAAAAUAUCCUAAUCUAUGUGGCUUCUGUGAACGCAUGAAGGCGGAAUUCUGGCCGGACUGGGACGACUGCAUCACGCAUGGAUGGACGAGGAAAGCGACGAAAUGAAGUCAUAGUGUUAAUUAUAACUUUGCUAGAUGUACAUUGAUAGUGUAUUAAAUUACUAAAACUACA